AUUUUACAUAUCAGCUUGCAAUCUGCCAAAGGAAGCAUUGUAAUCCAACUGAGAAGAAGCUUGCUCUCACUUGGCAGUCUGGGAUAUCCUCGUGAAUGACACGAAAAUGUCUUUUAAGGUACCUAAGAAGAAGUUAAAUCUUAAUGUUACAUAUCCAAAGUAAAUUAAAAAAAAAAAGAUCAGAAUGCUUGGCUUCCAUGGAAAAAUAGAAGACUGUGAAAAGCUCACUGAAAACUACCAACCAGGAGCAUCAUAGACUACUGAAAGUCUACAUCACACAGCAGCACUUUUUUUUCAUCAUUAUUACGUAAAACCUCUGGAAGCACCUUGGGUGUUUUACAUUUUCUUUUCUUUGCUGCAGAAGCAAUCAGCUCCCUGGAAUCCUGGCUGCACAAUCCAAGACCCUGGAAUCGCCUAGACUGGGGAUCCUACUACGAUUUUGCAAGCGAUCCAGCCUGGUUAAUUGUGAAAAGUGUACACAUUUCUGGCUUAUCUAUGCUUUGUUAUGGGUCUGACGUGAAACCACCUCCUCCCUCCAUACUACAGAGCAGAUAUUCUGUUGAGCUGUUACAGUUUUUCGGAGCAGAAGCCUUCGACAGCCUCCACAGCCAAAUAACUUUGUUACUGGAUAUAAAAAGGCUAGAUUAAGCAAAAGAGGAAAAUCAAGGGAAAUCCAAAACCAGGAUGCCUUGAGACAUAUGCAGCAUCUGGUGGAGGAUUAACAUACAUACAUCUCUAUGUAUGCGUCACAUAUAUAUUUACUGCAAAUGGUGGGAAUCAUUUAAGACCCGAAAUGGGCGACUUGAAGUCGGGCUUUGAAGAGGUGGAUGGCGUGAGGCUCGGGUACCUCAUCAUUAAAGGAAAGCAAAUGUUUGCACUCUCCCAGGUUUUCACAGACUUGCUGAAAAACAUCCCGAGGACCACCGUACACAAACGAAUGGAUCAUCUGAAAGUGAAAAAGCACCACUGCGACCUGGAGGAGUUGAGGAAACUCAAGGCUAUCAACAGCGUUGCCUUCCACGCAGCCAAAUGCACUCUGAUCUCCCGGGAAGACGUGGAAGCGCUUUACACUUCUUGCAAAACCGAACGGGUCCUCAAAACCAAGCGGAGGAAAGUCAGCAGGGCUUUGUCAACAAAGGAGCUCCAACCGGAACACGCCGCCGCCGACCCUUACCCCGGCUUUUGGAAGGACAACCACCAACUUUGGCUGGGAUUGAAUGAAUCGACGCAGGCUCUGCCAAUCAGCAGGCAGGCUCUGCGUCCCGGGGACGCCGCCUCGCUACCGGCAGUCGAUCUACCUCAGAUUUUUAGUAAAUCUCCGGGUCAGCGCUACCCGGAAAUCGCGCGAUCGCCUUGCAAACCCCCUCUAAACUAUGAAACUGCUCCAGUCCCCGGGAACUACAUCGCCUUCCACUCGGAUCCCCCGUACUUUCGGAGCCUGCUCUGCAGCAAGCACCCGGCGGCGGCGGCGGCGGCGGCUGCAGCUGCGGCCGCCGCCGCCGCCGCCUACUACCAGUCUUCCGCAGCCCUCCCGCAGCCCAAGCUUGCGGCCGGGACCGCGGGGAGCCCCGUGAGCUUGACUUACAGAUACAAGCGGAAGCGAGCCUGCGAGGCGGGCGGCAAAGACUGCCUGCUGAACCCCCACGCCAACGCCCGGCGCCUCCUCAUCCUGCCUAGGUCCUACAAAGCCAAGGCGGCGGCGGCGGCGGCUGCAGCAGCGGCGGCGGCGGCGGCGGCAGCGGGGGCCACUUGUCUGGAAAGGUUUCACCUCGUCAACGGUUUCUGCCCUCCUCACCACCACCACCACCACCACCACCAUCACCCCCACCCCCACCCCCGGCCACAGCAGCCGCAGCAGCCGCCGCCCCCGCAGCCGCUGCCGCAGCCUGCCCACCAUCCCCCGCACCUCCCCCAUCACCAGCCGCCGCCGCCUCAGCCGCCGCCGCCGCCACCGCAGCCGCAGCAGCAGCCACAUCUGGGCAGCUUCCCCGAGAGUUACAGCAGCGACUCCGAAUCCAGCUCGUACUCAGACCAUGCAGCCAACGACUCGGAUUUUGGCUCCAGCCUGUCCAGUACCAGCAACUCCGUGUCCUCCGAAGAGGAGGAAGAGGAGGAGGAGGGAGAGGAGGAGGAGGAGGAGGAGGAGGAAGAAGAGGAAGAGGAGGAGGACGGGAGUGGCUUGUCGGACUCGAGCGAGGUCAGCUCUGAGGAGGAGGACUCGUCUUCGGACUCGGAUUCCAGCUCCGGCUCCAGCCAGGUCUCAGUGCAGAGCAUCCGUUUCAGGCGUACUAGCUUUUGUAAACCUCCUAGCAUGCAGGCGCAGGCCAACUUCUUGUACCACCUGGCCACCGCCGCCACUGCAACCAAACCCGUUGCUUUCGAGGAGGCCGGCAAGCUGCCCGACCUCAAAAGUAAUGUCAAAGCAGAAUCGCCAGAGGAUUGGAGUCAUCAGAGCUGGGCAUCCAAAGCGCCUCCCGUGUGCUGCCCCGGCAGUCUGGGAAGUUGUUUCACUGAGAUAAGGAACGAUAGGGUAUCUGAGAUCACAUUCCCACACUCUGAAAUUUCCAAUAACUUAAAGAGAACUGACCUGACAAUUAACUGCGUUGCAGAGGGGGCCUCUUCACCUAGCCCAAAGACAAACAAUGCAUUUCCACCACAACGAACACUCAGAGAGGCUAGGAAAUGCCUGCAAGCUACUACUACUCACUGUGCAGAUAACAAUACAAUACCUUCUAGGUUCUUAAAUAAUGAUUCUGCUGCUGCAGCAGCAGCAAAUUCAGAAAAAGGUUCUAAAAUCCCUCAUUGUAUUGAAUUUGCCACGGAUUUGCCCCCUUUACAAACUGAUCCUGAGGUGGAUGCUGCUGUCGCUCCUGCACACCCAGAAGCAGCAGCAGCAGCAGCAGCUAAAACAGAAACUCCGUGCCCUGACUCAGGCAAUAAAGCAUUGCCAUUUCUGCACAAUAUUAAAAUCAAAAUAGAGGACAGUAGUGCUAAUGAAGAAUAUGAACCUGACCUUGUUAAGCAUAAGCUAAAGUGUGAGUGCAAUGAUACAAAGGGUGAGUUUUACAGUGUGACUGAAAGUAAGGAGGAGGACGCUUUGUUAACAGCCAAGGAAGAUUUUGCAUGCACUGAAAAAGAAACCACUUCCUUAAACCCACUGACUCAGAGUCAGGGCCUUUCAUGCACUUUAGGUUCUCCAAAACCUGAGGAUGGGGAAUAUAAAUUUGGUGCGAGGGUGAGAAAAAAUUACAGGACACUGGUGCUGGGAAAGCGACCUGUACUGCAGACUCCUCCAGUCAAACCAAAUUUGAAAUCAGCUAGAAGCCCUCGUCCUACAGGUAAAACUGAGACACAUGAAGGAACACUGGAUGAUUUUACAGUUACCAAUAGACGAAAAAGGGUAGCCAGCAAUGUAGCAUCAGCAGUGAAAAGGCCAUUUAAUUUCAUGGCAAAUUUUCCCUGUCCACCAUCACUAAUUAUUGGGAAUGAUGGGGAUUUGUUGCCGGCUUAUUCCUUAAACACCACUAAGGAUUCCCAACCUCCUCACAAGGCCCAUCCUAUAUGGAAAUGGCAGCUGGGCGGUUCUGCAAUACCUCUUCCACCUAGUCACAAAUUCAGGAAAUUUAAUUCAUAAAAAUAUUUUGGGAGAUAUUUUCUUGAACCAUAUUACCUUCCUUAUGUUGUAAACUGCACGGGAUGGUUUGUACAAGUCCAUUAUUCUUUACACCCCUUUUGGAGUCCUGGUUUAUCACAUUGUGAAGACAGAAAUCGGAUUACUUUUUUUUCAUUGUGGUUUUUUUU